AUGCCUUCCGUAUGGCAGGCAAUACAUGUACUGUAUCUGGAUCUUGCCAUUUGCGUCGGUCUCUGCAAGCGCAGUUCCCCCACUUACUUCACGUUUUGCGAUUUCACUCUCGCUCCCCAUGUCCAAGAGACACUACCGGGCCUGGACUCCCGGCGAGGAACAGGACUAUCCAUCAUGGGUAGCGCACCAUCUCCAUCUAACGUGGCCGGAGAGGGCUCGGAAAUAUUCAAUCGAGCGCAAACCCAGAACGAAAGAGUCUCUGCGGACCAAAUACCGGCUUCUGGAGAAAGACAUAAGACGACACCGCCGCCCGAUGUGCAAGACGCCAUCGCGGCUCGGACGUCAAAUCCCCAGGAGACUGGGCCGUGGCCAGCACAGGACUUGGCCCAGUCCCAUCUCGAUCAGCACCCCCACUCCUUCCGAGCAUCGUUCAGACGAUCCAAGCCCUCUAGCGAUGCAGGUGAUGAGGCCACCGGCCCCUACACGCGUCACACGUCCGCAGAACCACGGUCAGACCGCACGGUCGACUCAGGGUCCGAAAUUGACCAUCCAGUCCCCAGCUAA